AUGCGUUUCCAAACACGCUUGACACAACAGUACUCUGGCACGUCGAUGGAGAACAUACACAUCCAGGUAAACCCAAGUGAUAUUAAUGCUGAGUGGCUGAGAGAUUCGACAAAUCAGUUAGCACAGUAUCAGCUUCUUGCAAAGACCUCUCCUGAGAUUUCCAAUCUCAUCAAAGGAGCAAUUGCAACGCAGGCCGAAUUCGUUAUUGAAAGUCCUUACUGCAAUGCCUUCCAGCCUCCAAAUCCUUCAGGCCUUGAUCCUUCGAACAAUGGGCAGCAAGAUGCAGUUCACCCUAUCUAUGAGCCAUCCAAUGUUUUUGAGUGCAAGUAUGAAUUGGACAGCUUAGCCAACUUUUUAUCGUUAGGCAAUCAGUACCAUGCUGCCACUGGUAGCACAAAAUUUCUAACCAACCGUUGGUUUCUUGCGCUGAGGACUGUUCUGGAAGUGCUCUAUACCCAAUCUCAGCCGACAUUCGAUUCGUCACACCACUUACGUAUCAAUGAAUACACAUUUCAAAGGUUGACCAAUACUGGUACAGAAACGCUGAAUCUGCGAGGCAUCGGAAAUCCUCUGGGCAAUGGUACCGGUCUUGUUCGAAGUGCCUUUCGACCAUCUGAUGAUGCAACGAUUUUCAACUUCUUUAUCCCAGCAAACGCUAUGAUGUCUGUCGAACUCAAUCGCACCGCCGACAUUCUCCGUGCCUUCUCUUCGACUCUUAGCGAGAAGAGUGAUAGGAAGAACGUACAAGCAUUCAUUCAGCAGCUAGACUCGUUCUCAAGUUCGAUCAAAGAAGGAAUUCUCGAGCAUGCAGUUGUGGAUCAUCCUCUCUUUGGCAAAGUCCUUGCCUACGAGACUGAUGGUUAUGCGUCACAUCUCUUCAUGGACGAUGCCAAUGUGCCAUCUCUCCUGUCCUUACCAUUACUUGGCUUCCUCGACAAGAACAACGAGCUCUACAAAAACACACGCCGUAUGAUCCUCUCCAGCAAAGGCAACCCUUACUUCCUGACCGGGCCAGCUUUCGAAGGUAUUGGUGGUCCACAUAUCGGUCUCACGAAUGCAUGGCCAAUGAGUGUGCUUGUCCAAGCAAUGACCUCAGAUAAUGAUACCGAAAUCUUAGAAUGCCUCGAACGUGUAAAAAGAGUGAGUGUCUUUGGACUGAUCAAUGAAAGUGUGGACGUAAUGAGAGGGGUAGACGCGAGAACAGGCACGGGCAUGACGCGAAGUUGGUUUGCAUGGGCCAACAGCGUGUUUGCUCAGUGUAUACUAUGGCUCGCCAAGGAGAAACCGCAUCUGGUGUUUGAAGAUGGCAGUCAGGCGUACAUUGUUGGCGAAGGUUUCGUGAAUACAUAG